AGGAGGGAACACCAACGGUCCACAACAAGCCUUGGCUCCAAAGUCCAGACAAAACCAACAAAGCCAAUCUGGACUCGGACAGUUUACAUACGGCAGUGUCGACGUGUUUGGUGUCCGUCCGUGAACUUUGUUCUGGUCAGAAUAAAAAUGGCCACCGCAAGCAGACGCACAACUCCUCUCUUCUUCCUCGGAUUUCUCGUAGCUUCAAUCCCGGCAUGCAAAGGCAUGUUUCUGGGGAGACCUGAAGCCAGCACGUUCCUCCAUCGGACCCGUCGAGCCAACUUCCUAUUCGAGGAGCUGAAACAAGGAAACUUGGAGCGCGAAUGUCUGGAGGAGAAAUGCUCCUACGAGGAGGCCAAGGAGAUCUUCGCUCUGCCGCAGCAGCUAGAGGUGUUCUGGAGGACGUACACAGCCGUGGAUCACUGCCUGUCCUCUCCCUGUAAGAACGCCGGAACCUGCACUCGCCAGAUCAACACCUUCGUGUGCAAAUGUCCGUCUGGAUUCCACGGAUCCACCUGUGACAAAGUGCGCGUCACGUCCGUGGGAUGUCGCUACAGAAACGGAGGAUGUGAACAUUUCUGCCGAGAUCUUCCUGAGCGGAUGCACACUUGCUUCUGCGCUACGGGAUACAGCUUGGAUCAGGACAACAGCACGUGUAUCCCACAAGAUACCGUCCCCUGUGGAAGACCAAUCACUCACUUUGGGCCCAGGGUGGUCAACGGGCAGAUCUGUCCCAAAGGACAAUGUCCCUGGCAGGCUCUCCUGACUGAGAACCACGAGUAUUCAUGCGGCGCCAUCGUCCUGUCAAGUCACUGGAUCCUUACUGCCGCCCAUUGUGUUUGGAGAAAACCAAGCAACAUCUUCCAUGUCAUCGUGGGGGAACACGACCUGGAGGAAGACGAGAAGACGGAGCAAAAGCGCCGAGUGUCCAAAGUCCUGAUCCACCGCGGCUACAACCAUUCCAGCUACGACAGCGAUCUGGCAAUGCUGAAGCUCCACCGUCCCAUCAAACUGGGACUCUAUGUUGUUCCCAUUUGUCUCGCUGCCAAGAACAGCUCCUUCAGCCGCAUGUUGGCCACCGUCCGUCACAACACCGUGUCAGGGUGGGGUCGCCUGGCGCAGCAUGGCUCCACCGCCAGAUUCCUCCAGCGCCUGGCGCUACCGCGGGUCCCGCUGCAGGAAUGCCGCCUGCACACCAAACUCAACAUCACCCGGAACAUGCUUUGUGCCGGCCUACAAAAUGGCGGCCAAGACGCAUGCAAGGGCGAUAGCGGCGGCCCUCUGGUGACGCGCUACAGGAAAACCUGGUUUCUGACCGGUGUGGUGAGCUGGGGCAAGGGGUGCGCUGAGAGGAACCGGUAUGGUGUCUACACCAGAGUCAGCAACUUCCUGGACUGGAUCCAACAUACCAUGUCCAGAGGGUGAAGGCCGCCCUGGAAAUGGCAAAUCCACCACAUGAUUGGUUUCACUUCUGGAGGUGGUUUUUCUUCAGUUAAUAAAACCAAAGAUGAUUCUCUGGCCAUUGUCAUAUGAACCACGUAUGGCGUAGACCCUGAUGAACCAUGAUGGAGGACUGCACUUAUCGUCAAGGUACUACUACAGUACCACAUUAAUACAUGCAUAGAUUUGAAAGCACCACCCUCAGUUCCAUUUCUAUGUUACAACGAUCUAUUUCAUGUACAAUAUCGUGCUAGAAGUUAGGGAACUUACAUAUUAAAGUGCUAAUCCAGAAUAAACACCUUUAUUAUUUGUCUA